CAAUGUUCGAACUCUGCAUGUACCGUAGCCUUAGGGCGCCUGCUGCUCCUAGUGGGGGUUCAUUGCAGCUUGCUUUGGCUUUCUCACGGGCCCACUUCAAAACAGUAGUCCAGGACGGCCGAGUUCGCACUGCAGACUUGCACACUUUGUCUAGGGUAGGAGGAUCCUAGACCGAGACCGGACUCUUAUAUCUUCGGACUGUUGGCGUUGCCGACCCAUUUAUACCGGGCUCGUGUGUGUGUAGUCAAAACGGCGUCACAGGAACGAGGGGUGUUGCCAGGGUGUUGCGGCUGACAUCUUAAACGGCACAUGUCGAGAAUGUAGUCUGCAUUGCAACGCAUGCACCUCGUAAAAUCCCCUUCAGAGGUAACAUCCACCAUGGAGGACCAGACUCAAGCAACGCAGCUCGUCGGGGAACCAACGCAAGUGCUAGGGGAACAAACCCAGCUCCUACCCGGAGCGACACUACUUCAAAGCACACAGCUUGUAGGCGAGCCGACACAACUUGUGACAGGCCCGGAGUGGCAGGGGGAUGAAGAAACCCAGCCGGUCGAUGAGGAGAUCGUGUUUUCGACUGCAGAGGGUGGGGAUGAGGAAACACAAGCAGUAGAGGAGGAGGGGGGAGACGGAGAGGGACAAGAGGAGCUAGUGAAGGUGUCAGGUUUGAAGAUGGAAGGGCUUGCCCACUUCACGGAAGAUCGAGAAGGAAGUCCCUCGGUGAAAGAAGAAACGGCUAAAUUCAGUGCCUCCAAAGCUGAGGCUUUUAAAGCCACCUCUCAGGAUGAGGAACAUCAGCAGAGCCCCGCGGAUAGCACUCCCAAAAGUCAGCCCGUGCCUGAAAACAUUCACAAAGCCCCAGUCGCUGAGGUCAUCGGUGGCUGGCGCACCACUAGGAAGAGCACGGAGGGGGAAACAAGCGACAAGGCGCCGUCUAUCUCCAAACCCCCAGCUUCUGAGCGGCGGAAGUCGCUGUCGCAACCGGUGGACUCUGAUGCGCCGACGGAGGAUGAAAGCGAUGGGGAGCCUGAAGUCGAGGGGCGCAACGAAGGAGUUGAGAGAAGGGGGGAGGAGGAAGGGGAAGGAAGAGGGGGAAAGACGGAAGGGGCAGGCCGAGAGGGGGAGGAACAAGGAGUAGAGAGAGGGGGUGAGGAAGCAGAUGCAGGGAGAGGCAGGGUGGAAGAUGGUGCAGGGAACGAGGGGAAUGCAGAAACCGAAGAAAGGGAAGGGCUUCAGGAAGCUGCGGAGCUUGGGAUGCGCCAGGAAGAUGCACACGGGGGCAGUCAACAAAGUGCGGAGGGUAAGGGCAUUCAGGAAGCGGCCGCUUCAGAACAACAAGAGCCAGAGGUCAGCAGGGAGCAGUCUCCGCCAUUCAGGCUUUCUGCCGCGGAGGAACCCGUUGCUGAAACCAGGGGUGUGAAUGCCCCCAGAAGUCAGGGUGUCAACAUGCCCCCAGCCAGUUCAUGGCGCGAUUCGAUCAUCCCCGAUAGCGACACCGAGGGUCCGGACGGCAGAGAGGGAGAGUUUGGCACGGCUCCGUCAGUCAACGCGGCUUCUCAGUGGUGGGUGCUGGACAGCAGUCAGGGCCCCAUUGGGACGGCAAGAAGUGUCGCUACGAACGCGACAAGGGAGACCGACCGUGGCAUUGGCUUUGGAAGCAAUCUGAGUCUGGGCGAAGACGUGCCUGCGGCAACGCUUGUCGGGGAAACAGGGGACGAGGGUGUCAGACGGGCGCCGGAUGGAGCGGGCCCAGAUGGGGCGGGGCCGUCGGGUGGCGUUGUAGGCUUGGAAGGAGAGCCCUUGCAAGCAGGCGGGGCAGGGCCAAUUGCGGUACAGUCGGGAGGGGAGAAGAGCAGGAAAGUGCGAGGCGGUGCUUUGGUUGAGAGUCAGAAGAGUGCAAGCGAGAGCGCAUCUAAGCGGGGCCGCUCGCGAGCCACCAGGGCACAGAAAGCCAACCGCUCGGAGGCUGGGGAAGGAGCGGCUGAGACAGAGGAUGCAACUAGGCACGGGGGGUCGGACGUGCGUGGCGAAGCCCCUCCUCAAACCGGUCAGCUGGUGGCAACAGAUGGGCAGAUGGCAGAGGCUGUGAGAGCGUCUCCGGAAAGAGAAGAGAUGGAAGACCGGACUGGACACGAACUGGCCCCACCUCUAGAGCCCGUUUUGGAAGAUGCUGUGCCGGUUAGUGUACCCCAACAGCAGGUCAGCCUGGUUGACGAGGGGAUCCCCGAGCUGCGGCCAGACCAGCGGGAGCCCCCAUUCACACAAGUCGACGAGGACGACGCGCCGGUGGCGAUUUACACCCGCAGGACGAGUGCGAUUACGCCCGCGCGGAGUGCGCCGCUGAACUUCAGCGCGGAGAUUGGAGAGGAAACGCAGAUGGAGGCGCUCGGGGUGGUGGAGGGACUGCUGGGGCUGAAUGACGUGGACAUGUCUGAGGAACAGGACAAAGGCCUGGAGAAGAAGCACAGCCUCGGCCCCGAACCCAAGCCUUCUCAGGGGGUUGCCAAGUCGUCAAGCAUUGCUGUUCUCCCACCCCCCCAGGCUGUACCCAGGACGCUUUCCAUCUUCGAUUACGAUAACAGCCAGGUUGAUGCUGAACCUGACGAGCCUGUGAUCCACCCGAAGAAAGCUCCAGCAAAAGCGACCCCUGCCAAAAGAACUAGAGGCGGGAAAACUGGCACUAGUCGUUCCAUGGGGCCGCCAAAGUCUGCGCCAAACAAAGCGUCAGAGGAAGCGGGAGGGGGCACGGGGGGGUGGAUCAGCCGGAAAGGUGUGGGGGAUGAGAAGAAGAAGGAGACCCCUGCGACAAAAGAGAGUCGGGAGAAGGUGAAAGCGGGGGAGAAGGGAACAGAGGUAGGACGUGCGAAGGCAUUGUCAACUGGGAAAAUCGCCCAAGCGAGUGGAAAGGGAGCGGUUACCAUUCAGGCGGUGCCAGCUGUCAUUCAAUCGAUGGAAGGUGGGAGGCAGAAAGCCACUGCAGAGAACAAGGAAGCGGCACAGAAAAACGGAGAGCCUGUCGGGGGAGGUCUGGCUCAAAUGAACUGGACGCAAGCCUUUGCGGCCGACUCAGAACCCCCGGAAAACUUACCGCCUUUGCCGCCAGUUGUGGAGGAAACGGAGAAGAGGAAAGGAGUGAAACGGGGUCUGUUUGCGGCAUCCCUGAUGUCGGACGAAGAGAGGGCGGCCGAAGAGAAGAGGGCAAAGGAGGAAGAAGAGAAAGCGGAGAAGGACAAAGCGGAGAAGGAGAAAGCGGAAGCGGAAAAGCAAGUGCCUGCGAAAGGGAGGGGCCGUGGGAAGGGGAAAGGGAAGGAAGCGGAGCCGGUUGCAAAGGAGGGUGCGUUCGGGGUUGCUACGCGAGUGUCGCCGAGACGAGCGGGAAGAGGGGCAGCUGCGAAGGACCCGAAGAAAGGGCGGGUUUCGGAAGAGGAGCAAACCGCAGGACCUGACGCAAUGUUGCAAACCGAAAGGGAAGAGGAAGAGCGGGGUGUUGGAACGAUGAACGAAGGGCGGGCGGUUGAAAGUGUGAACGGAAACGCCAAGGGGGCGAAAGAGGCGGUGACGGAACCAGUCCCGGUGGGGUCCAGUCACCGGUACAAGCACACGACAAAGCGAAGGAGGAGUAACGAGGUGACCGCUAGCGAGCGCGCGGCGACCCAGAAGCGGCUGGACCGCGGGUUCGAGGAUACGGAAGAUGCGGACGAAGAAGAAGAAGAGGAGUCGGACGAUGAACUAGAGGAGGAUGAAGAGGAGGGGCAGAAAGACGCUGGAGGCGCCGGAGAAGCCAACAUGCUCUUCAUGGACUCGCAGGUGCCCAUCCUGCCAAAGUGGAAGAAGCUGAAGGGAGCCAAGAAGGGCGCCUUGAAAAGCGCGUUGACGAGUAUCGGCGAAAGCGACGUGAACGACGCCCCGAAAAGCGCCCACAAAGCAACCAGAAAAGAGCAGUCAGACACGAAGCGGGCCAGGCCUACCGAACCGUCCGCCACAGGAGUGCCGAAGUCGGCCCCCCACGAAGACAAAGGGGCAGCGGGAAAGGGGCAAUUGGGAGCGAAACGGUCCGCCGAGGGUGCAGGAACGGGCGAAGCAAAGCGGAAGAAGGUCGAGGGGGGUGCUAAGGAGGCGACGGCCUUGCUGGUAGCGCCAAUGACCCGCGAGGAUCCGUCUGCACAGGCAGAAGGGACCGGAACGGGGAAUGUAACGGAACCUGCAGCCCGUGGACGUCGGAAACGGGGAAAGGAAGCGGAGAAGGCGGCUGAUGCUGUUGGAGGGAAAGCGGAAGAAAGAGACGCGAAGAGGGCGAGAGGGCCGGGGGGAAGAAUCGUCAGCAGCAGGUUCCGGGAGACGCCAUCUCGGGAGGCGAAGAGCAGCGAACCUGAGAAGCCACAAACAGAAGCCGCGAAAGCACGGGAUGGGGGGGUCCAGAAGGCAGCGUCAGUGGCCCCCCAGGAGGCUCCGGGGGCUCGGAGGCGGAGCAGUAUGGUGCCAAUCGCGAGUCUUAUAAGGACAAGGAAUCGCAGAGGAGAGGUGGAGCAAGCUGAGGACGAGGCGGGAGGAUUGGAUCUUGCAUUCAGCCAGGUGCCGAUAGCGAGUUUGCGGGAGAAGAAAGAGGUCGUCGAGAAGCGGAAGCCAGGAGCAGAGAAGGGGCCUGGGAAAGGUAAAGCUGGUGUUGGAAGCGGAGACAAGGAAGUGAGUUCGAUGGUAACGGCGAAAGGCAAGGGUGGGAGUAAGAGGAAGGCAGAGACUUUGGAGGAACAAAGCGGGCUCGAAUUGCAAGCAGUGGCUGAAAGAGACGAGGGAGGGGAGGGAGGAGUGGAUGCGGCUGAAGGAGAUCAAGACGGCGAGAUCGUGUUUGUUGCAGCAGGAACGGAUGCGGCAACAGAAAAGGCGGCAGAAAAAGAUCAAGGAUCUGGGGGGAGGACGACAAGACAAGGUGCUGGCAAGGAGAGCGCGAAAGAAGAGGUAGGACAAUCCAGAGCGGUGGAGACGAGGCCAGCACGCAAGGGGAGAAAGCCGAAGGGAGAGGUGGAGGUGGCAAAGACUGGCAGGACUGAUGUGAGCGAGGGCGCAGAGAAGGAAUUGAGGGCCGGAAGCGGAAACGAAACCGGAAGCGGAACGGUGAAAGACCAGGGGGCGCUUGAGGAUGUAAGUGGUGCUGAGGAAGAAGAGGAAGUCGUUGAGAUCGGUGCGGCAGCCGAAAGAAAGGGGAAGCGAAGUGUUGGGAAGAGGGGCAGAGCUGCUGCGAAGCAAGGAGGAGCACCACAAGAAGAUGCGAAGGUGGAGAAGGUGGAUGAUGAUGUGGCGGGUGCGGUAAUAGGCGGAGAAGAGCAGAGGCCGACGAAGCGAACGCGACGGGGGCAGUUGGUUGCAGAAGGAGCGGAGAAGAAAGCGUCAGACGAAGGGGGUAAGGCCGGACCAUCAGAACGGGUGUCGUCAAGAGGAGCGAAAAAGUCCACUAACGAAGCGGAAGAACAGGGGACGAGCAAAGACGAAGCACCGGCAGAGGGGAAUGCUGAGCGGCGGAAAGCGGAAGAGGCGGGCGGGUCGGCGAGAACUUUGACGAGGGGGGCUCGAACGAGUGGGGACGAUGGGGGGGGGCAAGGCGGCCGGGGGAGGCUCAGCGUGCGGGUUAGCGGCAGGGUUAGCGAUGACCUGGAGGGUUUGGUGAGCCCGACGCUGCGGAAGAAGCGGGAGAUGGGGGAGCUGCGGGUCUUCGUCAGCUCCAGGAUGCCGGAUCGCGUGAAGGCCGCCCAGAAGAAGAUUCUCAAACGGCUGGGCGCUCAAGAGGCGCAAGACGUGCCGUCGUGCACGCACCUGGUCGCGGAGACGUUUGGCCGGACGCAGACGAUGUUGGAGGCGAUCGUGGGCGCCAAGAAGAUCGUGAAGGCCAGCUGGCUGGAGAGCUGCGGUCAGGCGAACUACUUUGAAGACGAGGAGCCGCAUAUGCUUCAGGAUGAGAAGCAGGAAAAGAAGUUCAACUUCUCGCUGAAAGCGUCACUGGCCGCCGCUAAGGAGAAGCGCAUCUUUGAGGGGCUCAAAGUGUACAUCACCCCGAACACCACUCCUGAUCGAAAUUUCUUCAAGGGCAUCCUGGAGAUGGGUGGCGGCGAGCUCAUAACGCGGUUCACAGGGGCCGGGGCCGACUCCUGCCUCGUCGUGUCCUCUGACAAAGACCGAAACCUGUGGGAGCCGCUCGCAACCAAAGGGACGCCAAUCUACACGACGGAGUUUCUGAUGAGUGCAGUAGUCCAACAGCAGCUGGACACGAGCCGGAACCUAUUGAGUGGCGGCGGGGGCGCCGCGCACCAAACCGGAGCGGCAAGAGUGAGAGGGGGAGGAAAAACGAAGCCGCAGAGGAAAGGGGCAGCCUGGCGGUAACCUGCUUCUGAAGUGCUAAAGUUGCAGAGUAAACAAACGGUUCGAUUGCUGGUUGACGAACCCCAUUAAGGAAGACUCGUCCGUUGCAGUUACUGUGGUAUACCUGAAGGUUGCGGGGAGUGCCGAGGUUAUUGAUGGUUCUUUCUCCUCACCUGUUCAGUACUUUCCGCCCUAGUUCGCUGUUGUGAUAUCACACCGCACAUGUCUGCUAUGUCCUUUCCGUGGCCACUCGAUAUUGUGGAAGCCAAG